UGUCCCACCGGUUGUCGCGUCCUCUGCGGUUUCCCCGGGGAGGAGAUGAGCAGCAUCUGGAGAGAGCGCAACGAGGAGAGCUUUUGGUACCGAGCUCUUCCUCUCUCUCUGGGAAGCAUGGCUGUCACUGCAGGCCUGAUCUACAAUGGUGUCUGGAAGCCCUCCAAACGUUUUGGCCCAUUUCCCAAAUUAGCACUGGCCGGGGUCCUAGGCUUCUUAUAUAGGAGCAUGCAAGGAGAAGUUUCAGAGGUUGGGACCAGAGUUCAGCAAAGACAUUCACUCAGGCUGGUGUCCAGUCUAUGGUCCACUCUGGUUUGGGACCUGCAGGCAGAGACGCUGUACACAUGGGUGCAAUGAGUGUAAGAAACAAGAAGCUGCACCUGCAACACCUACUUAAAACAGAGGUCACUUUGAUAUGACCACAGAGGAGCUGGCUUAUGGAAAACUUCUGUCUGCCUUUAUAAAUAAGCUUCCCCACAAGGGGGAGCCAAAGCACUCUUCUCUUUCUUGGUCUUUUUCUGCUAUUUCAGCCUACAAUCAUAUUUUAACCAACA